AUGGGCACCUCAAGACCGUCUCCAUCAAUCGCGAUUGGGCACAAUGGGGCGCACUCUCUCACGUCUCUCCCUGUUGAAAUUCAGCGCCCGAUCUACCAAUACCUCUUCACCGGCCGGCGAUUCAAGCGGUACAUCGGACCAACGGACACCAGCUCGAGUUCUCUGAUCGUUCUGACAAAGUGGAAGAACGAAAACCGCAAGAAGAACGAGGAUGGCACGCUCGUUGCGAACCCAGUCUCGGUCUUCUUUGCUUCCAAGGACUGCUACACCAUGGGUCGAGAGGCGCUCUUCAAGCACGGCAUCAUCGAUGCUACAGAAGUCAUGAUGGCCGUGGAUACUUUCAGGCAAAAGCCCCUUUCUCAUCCGCUUGUCAUGAGCCUCAAGGAGGUUAGACAUCUGCACAUUGACAAGGACUGUCGUCUUCGCAAGUUCAAUGUCUUCGAUGGCAUGGUACCACACCUCAAAUCGCUUCGGGUCAAGAAGCGCCCUUACGACUUUGGAUUCGUUUUGGCUAAAUUUGAGGAUGGCCAGGUGGCAGAAGACGAAGGCCAAGAUUUUGCUGAGCGACUGGAGCACGCCUUGAGCGAAGACCUUCGAAACGUUGAUCUAGUGUAUCUGCUUCGUCAUUGGAGUCAGCGUGCUCCUCAGAUCCGACUUGUAUUCUACUCUCCCAAGAUGACGGCGUUGUAUGCACACCGCAGCGCGUUUGUGUCUGAGACGAGACGUUUGGGGUAUAUUGGCGAUCUGUACGUGGAGGUCGACUUCAGCUCAGGGUUCAUACACGCCGUGCCUGGAGACCGCGCUCAUGAGGAUCGCGAGAGUUGGUCGCUGAUUCCAUUCGAUGUCAGUGCGUUUCUGGCACGGCUGUCUCAAAGCAGGGUAUGGCGAAUCGCGGUACGAGCAGAUGGCGGAGCCAACGCUGAAAAACGCUCGGAGACUGGUAAGACUCUACACAACGCUUGCCAGCGACUCUGCGAUAAGUGA